UUUGGCGAAGCACCUACCAGCAUGCUUUGCGCGUAUGUACCGCGGGGUUUUGAUGGCCGCUAUAGAGUUGUAGGAUUGUUUUUGUUACAUCCGCCAAGUUUCUCUCCAUUCAACCUUAUGAUAAAAGGAAUCUGAGAUGUAGCGGAAUGUCAAACAUAGACAUGGAGAAAGAAGCCAAGGCAUGGGAAAAAAGAAAGCGCCAGACAUUAGAUGAAAUACUCAACAAAGCAAAAAAAAGGCAUAAGAAACAGAAAGGAUCUGAUGAUGAUGAUGAAGAAAAUGACCUGUUUAUUUGGGAAGACUACUUAAAGAAAUGCAGGGCAAAGUCAGUACCCAAGUCAGCCUUCAAGCAUGUGAAGGAGAAUCCAACCUCUGGAUUUAGGAGAGGGAUGAAAGUGGAAGCAAAAGAUUACAAAAGCAACUCUGGUACAUACUGGGUGGCAACCAUCAUUAUGGUCUCUGGUCCACUUCUACUUCUCAGGUUUGAUGGUUAUGGAAAUGAUCGCAGCGAAGACUUCUGGUGUGAUGCCAGUACUCCUGAUGUACAACCCAUUGGAUGGUGUGCUAAAACAAAUACCAUAUUAAUUCCACCACAGGCAUUAAGACAACAAAAUACAAACUGGGCACAGUUUUUAAUGGAUAAUCUGAAGGAUGCAGUUGCUGCACCAGAAUCUUUAUUUAAGCAGCAAGAGGCUGGUGAAUCUAGUGGAGUGCCCAUAGGUACAAUGCUUGAACUCCAGGAUUAUGAUGAUCCACUAUGUUACUGGGUAGCAAGUGUCGUGGAGAGGUUCGGCUUGCGACUUAAGCUGAGAUAUGCUGGAGCUGAAAGUGAGGAGCAUGACGUGUGGGUGUAUUAUCUAUCUGACAAUGUCCAUAAGCUUGGAUGGGGGAAAAGAUAUGGCUUGACGCUACAAGCUCCUAAAGGUUUGACCAACAGGGUUGACAUGUCUGCUAUUAUUGACGACCUCAAUAGACUUUCAACAACAAGCAACAAUGGAUCCACCUCAUUGAAAAAGAAUGACCAGCUUCCCCCUAUUCAUGGCUUCAAGUCAGGCAUGAAGCUUGAGGCAGUGAAUCCCACUGACCCAUCCUCAAUCUGUGUGGCUACUGUCAGUAGGGUUGUGAAUGAGCAUUACUUUGUGGUGACCAUAGACGACUUUGUCGUACCAGAAGCACGUAAGAUCUCUUUCUGGUGUCACGCUAAGUCAAGGAAUAUUUUCCCAUGCAGAUGGUGCGAGAAAAAUAAAGUCUCUGUUGUGCCUCCAGCAGGCUACCAAACCAAGCCGUUCCAUUGGGACGCUUACUUGAUCUCAAGCAGACAGGAACCUGCCGUUGCUUCUCUGUUUGACCAGACUGUCCCCAACCAUGGGUUUGAGGCUGGAUACAAGCUGGAGGCUGUUAAUCAAAUUGAACGAGAUGUCAUCAGUGCAGCGACAGUCAAGCAGAUCAUGGGUCGCACCAUGUGGAUUCAGCUGGAUGCGUACACUAGUGAUGUGGUGGAGCAUAUUUAUGAUGUGGAGUCCUGUGAUUUGUUUCCUGUCGGUUGGUGUGGCAUGCAGGGCCACCCUCUGCUGACGCCUCAGGCAAAAAAAAAAGAGAAUUUGCAAAUGACAAGACUCCGAUCUCUCAGAGCUACAAAGCGGCGCCUGGCCAAAGCUACCCCACCCGUCCAAUCUUCCCAACCUGUACCAGACACACCCUCUCCAACAAGCAGAAGCCCUCUUUCUGAUUCUCACAAGAACUCACCCGUCAAUACUCUGCUAAAAACAGAAGCACCCGAAGUACCCACCAGCACAGCAGCUGUUAGUACCCCAUCUCCAUCACCUAACGUAGGACAGUCUGCAAACUCUACGUCUGGGCCUUCUCGUGUUAAGGUUGCAGACACAAUCGACUUGACCGAUGAUCACUCUGGGGAAAAUGAAGCUGAAACUGACGGCAAGAUCUGUUUAUAUGUUAAAAGCACAUGUUCUUGUGGCCCAUAUCUGGAUAAGAAAAAACUUGCCAAGUUGCCCCCAGUCAUCGGCCCAGAAAGUGCUAACCUCGCCCUCCGAAAAUUAGUGGAACACAUUGUGGUCAGCUCCCACUCAUCCAAAAAGGUCCUGAAAAUGCUUGCAGCAGAAAAAGAAAAGAAAACAUUUGCAUCUAUUUUAAAGACAUUGACCACCAAAUUGCUGGUGUGUCAAAAUGUCUUCAGUCUCAGCAAAGUGGCAUUGUGUAAAAGAUGUGAUAUCUCUCCGUCUGGCCUGAUUCCAAUAGCACCUAAAGCCCCUCAAAAUACAUUGGUUAUAAUAACAUCACAAAAUCUAAGCGCUCAGCCGAAUCUGCUAGUAAGACCUCAAAUUCCUAUAGCUAACCAGACUCCAAUGACACCCCAAAAUCCAAGUAUGCAGCCAAUAUCUUCGCCGCGCACAAUCGCAGCAAGCACACCAAAUGUUAACACACACAAAGGAGUAGGGAGGCCCAGGACAGUACUACCAGUGACUGAAAUUGCUAGCACAACUCCAACUGUCACCCCAGCAGUAGAUGAUGCCGACCAGGAAGACUUGGUGGUCGGGAAGCUGCCAGGAAGUAAACAUGUCUCAUCCUGGACAGUGGGUGAAGUGGUGUCGUUCAUAGAGUCCAGGGACUGUAGGAAGUUCGCUGAUGUCUUCAGAGAACAGGAAGUGGACGGCAAGGCCCUAAUGCUUCUCUCUCUGGAGGAAAUCCACAAGGUGCUUGGGGUCACCCUAGGGCCAGCUCUCAAACUACAAGACGAUGUUCAAAUCCUUCGUAAAAGACCCAAAUCAUGAAUACUCAACCUAAUGAAAACUCCAUGACCGUUACAGGGCAUGGGUAGCCUGUGCUUUUCCCAUCUUUGUGCAGUGUCACUCUGUAUAUUGACUCCUCAAGAUAAAAAUUAUUUUAUUCAACCUUUCUUCAGCUGAUUGCAGUCCCCCAUGCAGGGGCAUGUGUGUAAUAACACUAGGGCAAUGUCUAGGGGCUGAAGACUACAAACAGUCUUGCUUACGCAUUACAAGCUAGUACAUCCAAAACUCGUAACCGUUACCAGUUAUGUAAGGCAUCGGAUUUUAUUUCAACCCCACCAAAGGAAGACAAUUCCAUCCUAUUUUCAAUGCCAUUGGGAGAUAAGCCAAGUUUUGUUACCUUAUCUCCUUUAAUACACUUUACUAGGUUUAAUAACAUUGGAUCACAUAAAAAUGAUAUAGUUCCUAAUUAUAGAAUCUGAAAGUGUAACUCACCUCUAAAGGUUGGUUCUCACUUUGACGUAAGCGCAAUUUACGCUUUUUUCUGAUUCUUACUGGAAUGUAAGCGCAAGAGAACGCAACUGCUUGAUUUUCUGUCGCUUAUGUUUGACCGAUUCUCACUCGUGUUGCGCUUACGUCCUAGUGAGAACCCAGCUUAAAAGUACACUAUUAUUUUUAAUGCAUUAAAGAUGUCAAAAUUGGCCUUUUUUUAAAGGAGUUUAAAUAAAAAGGAUCAUUGUUUUA